AUGGAGAAUCUUUUAAAAUUCACAAACAAAAAAUUAAAACUUCUAGAAAUGGCACUAGAAAUAUCAAAAGAUGGAGGAACAACGCGGCCGAAAAUUCUCGACAAAAUACUAAAAUUUCGGAAAGUUGCCCUGAUUAUCGCAUAUAUUGGAGCAUAUUUAAGUGCACAAUGGUUAUUUGAUCCAGUGAAUAUGGAAGUUACAAGGAUAUCUGAACACUCUUUGAUGCCAGGAUUAGUGACUCCAAAAUUCGAUAAAAGUGGAAUAGCAAUUCAGUUGUAUCGAAGAUUCAGUGAUCUACCAAAAUCCAAGUCUCAACAAGAAUUAAUUCACACCAUAUUUUCUGAUCUUGGCCUCGAAUGUUUCACUCAUAAAUGGAGAUCAAAAGUGGCGGGAAAUCCAAUGAAUGGAGAAAAUGUGUAUGGAUUUAUUAGAGGACCACGAAAUGAUGGAGCAGAAGCACAAAUGAUUGUUGUACAACUUGGAAGAUCAGAGAAAUCACGUAGAAUGAUGUCAAGAAUGUUAGCAUUUGUUGAUUAUGCAAAAGAUCAAGUUUAUUGGGCAAGAGAUAUUGUUAUUGUUUUUGUUGAUGGAGGAGAAAAAAAUGAUUCAAUUGAAAAAGCUGCAUUUGCAUUGGAUGCUUUUCUUCUGAAAUAUCAAAAAAUUGAAGCUUUGAAUUCGAAAAAAUCAAUAACAGUAGAAGCAGAUGAAAUCCAAGCCCAAACGGGAGCACUCAUCGGUGGAGUAGUUUAUGAUUUAUCUGGAAUGGCUGUUAAAGGACAACAUAUUGUGAAUAUUCAAACAAAUGGGCUCAAUGGACAGCAAGUUAAUUUAGACGUUUUCAAUGGAAUUACUAAAAUUGCCGAUUCCAAACAUCAUUCAAGAGUUGCUAUUUUUGGAACUCUUCAUAGACAUUCGAAUCCAUAUAUGGAGUAUUCCCCAUUUAUUGUUCCAAUGAGAGCUCUCUACACACAAGCAUUUAUUUCCAUCGAAGGAAUUCAUAGUGUACUAGGAAAAUAUGGAGUUCAGGGUCUUACCGUUGGAUUGAGUCACGAUUACAGUGAAAAACAGACAGGACAAUUCAUUGAAGAAGUGUCUCGUAUGUUAAAUAACGUAUUGGAAAGGCUUCAUCAAAGUUAUUUCAUGUACGUACUGGCGGACGAUCUUCACUUCUCGUCAAUUGCCAUGUAUAUUAUACCGCUCACAAUUCUUGUGAGCCCACUUGUCAUCUCGGCCUACUUCGAAUGGACCAAAAUUCAAGAAUUCCAAUUUCCAGUGGUCCAUUUGGCAUUCCACGUGCUCGGAUUCUUCUACUACAUUGCAACUACAUAUGUAUUUCAAACAAUUGGAACAACAUUUGUUCUUCAAUGGAUGCAAUGGCCAUUUGUUGGUAUUGAUGGAUGUGAUGGACAGUUUACACCAUCAUGGUCUCUAAUCAACAGUUUUCUCAUAUUCUUCAUGAUUCCAUUAGGACCAUAUGUUUUCUUGAAAACUCGCAGUAUCUUCCGAUCUUCAGUCCUUGCCAUCCUCAAUCCAAUCUCCGUGCUUGCAUUUGUGGCGAUUAACAUUCCGGGAAUGUUCGGACAACUAUUCCCAACUAUUUCUCAAGAUUCAUGGCUCGCCGCUGCUCAAAGCAUUGCACUCACAGCUAUCAGAGAAGACGUGGAAUUUAAAGUGAAUCAUUUCUUCCUUUUGUGCUGCUUUGGUUAUCCUAUCUGGAAUAUGCUUUUUGCCUGUUCGAUGCGAUAUGGUCCAGAACCACAAGGAAGUUUGGGAAUUUUUGGAAAUGGAAGCGAUGACGAUGAUGGUGAUGAUGAUGAUGGGCCACAAAAAACCAAUCGGGGCCAUUCAACAAAGAAGAAUAAGAGAGAGUGAUCGAAUUAGCUGAAUCAUAUGAAGAAAAAACCGUGUAUAAUACUAGUUACAUUCCCGUGGCUUUACCUUUUUUCAAUUUUUCUGAAAAAAUUGAUUUUAUUUAUUCUAUCUGUAUUUCCAAUAUCAAACAUCAUUCAUUUUUAAAUUUCCAUCUUUCAUGAUUUCUAUGUGAUAAAGUCCUUUCAUGCGUCAU